UAUGUCGAGUUUGCCUUGUGACUAACGAAAGUAUGGUAAACAUUUUCGAUACGAAACAUGAAUCGGGCAUUUUAAUUGCCAAUCUGAUAUCUCGCUGCACCGACUACAAAGUUGAAAGAGAAGAUCAAUUUCCCAAAUCCAUUUGUGCGUCUUGUCUGCAGGAUGCGCAGAACGCAUUCGAGAUCAUAGAUACUUAUGAGAGGAGCCACCAGUUCUAUAGCUUCUUCAGGGAUGUACGGGAGGAGGAAUGCCAGGAUGAAGGAUCCAAUUGUUCCGAAGAAGGUACAACCGAGGACGAGGAAACAAAAAAAGGCAAUGGAACCCAGCUCAAAUCAAAAGUGGUCAAGAGAACCCAGCAGCUCCCUGGUCAAAAAAAGAAGUGUGGGACUUAUGGGUCAGAUUCCCAAUCAAGUAAUGAGGGGACAGAAGCUGAUUUAGAAAAUACUGAUGAUGAUUUUCAUGGAGAUGAUGAUUCCGCCGAUAAUAAAGACUAUGAACCUGGCAAAGAUAAAGACUAUGAGCCUGGCUUUCAAGAAGGUGAUGAUGAAACCAAUGAAAAAAGUCCGCAUACGUGUUCCAAUUGUCCAAAGAGUUUUCCAACGAAAAAAAGGCUACAGGUACAUUUUCAAACCCACACAGGAGAACGACCCUUCAAGUGUUCCCAAUGCCCGAAGGCUUACAUAGAUUAUCCGAGACUUAGGCGACACUCGCUAACACACACAGGAAAGAAACCCUUCAAGUGUUCCAAGUGCCCGAAGGCUUUCGUUGAUUCCACAAGGCUUAAGCGACACUUGCAAGCUCACACAGAAGAAAGACCGUUCGAGUGUUCCCAGUGCUCGAUGAGUUUUCACGCUAAGCAAAAUCUUAAAAGACACAUGCAAACUCACACAGGAGAACGCCCGUUCAAGUGUUCUCAUUGCUCAAAAGCUUUCUUCAGUAAUUCAAUUCUUCAGGCACACAUGCGAUCCCAUACGGGAGAACGACCAUUUAAGUGUUCCCAUUGCCCAAAGUCUUUCUCUCGGGUAGCAGGUCUGCAAGUACACUUGCGAACCCACACAGGAGAACGACCAUUCAAGUGUUCCCAAUGCCCGAAGGCUUUCGCCCAGCAUACAGGACUUAAAGUACACUUGCGAACCCACACAGGGGAAAAACCCUUCCAGUGUUCCCAAUGCCCGAAGGCUUUUGCAUUUAAACCAAAUCUAGAGCGACAUAUGCUAAUUCACACAGGGAAACGAUCAUUUAAGUGUUACCAUUGCUCAAAGACGUUCGGCCAGAAAUGCACUCUUAAAGUACACUUGCGAGUCCACUCAGAGGACAAGCCAUUUAAGUGUUCCAUCUGCCAAAAAAGUUUUAAAGGGAGAUCAACGCUUCGCAUGCACUUGAAUACCCACACAGAUCAACGACCGUUUAAAUGUUCCCAAUGCACGAAGGCCUUUGCAUUUGAACCAAAUCUUAAGCGACAUAUGCUAACGCACUCAGGACAACGGCCUUUCAAGUGUUCCCACUGCUCAAAAGCUUUUGCCCGCAGUUUCACUCUUCAGAAUCAUAUACGAAUCCACACAGGAGAAAGACCAUUCAAGUGUUCUCAGUGCUCCAGCACUUUUGGCAGUAAUUCAGUUCUUUUCGAACACAUGCGAACACACAAAGGAGAAAGAACAUUUAAGUGUUCCCACUGCCCGAAAACCUUUACACAGAACUCAAAUCUUUGGAUGCACUUGAAAACACACACACAAGAACGGGCUUUCAAGUGUUCCCAGUGCUCGAAGACCUAUCCAACUAAUAAAAGUCUUAAACGACACUUGCUAACUCACUCAGCAGAAUGAUCGUGCAACUGUUCUCAAUUUUCAUAUUAUUAAACAUUUCAGGAAACACACGGAAAUCAAGAAACUAUAAAAUAAAAAACUUGUUUAUAACUGUAACAAAAUAUUUUUCUUAAGCUGCAUUAAGUUAGUUGA